AUGUGGAAGUCACCAAUCUCCACUAUUCUCAAUUCGGAGGCCAUUAUUCUCCAAAGUAGCCGUUGCUUGAGCUGCCAAUUCCACAAAACCGCGGCUACACAUUUGCGCCCAUAUACCUCAUCUAUACGCUUUUACGCCACAGGCAACUCGAAUAAAUCUUCAAGCAAUGAAGCAGUCACAGCUUCAUCUCCGUCACCCAAGGCAGAUAACCCCUCAAAGCGCCCUGUUUCUUUCCAGCGAAAUCCGGUCGCGAGUCCAAAUGCAAAGCCAGGCGAUGCAGACUUCGUACUCCCGGUACUGAGCCGUCCGAUAGGAGCACCAGAUCGACCUUUUGCGGGACAGAAUACGGGAGUCGACUCACGCACUUUCCGUGAACGACGAGACGAUUUUGUCGACUAUGAUAAACAUAUUGCGCGCCGGAAGGAAUUAACGCGACUAGUUGCGAAACCAUAUUUUAGAGAAUGGUCAAACUUGCGAUUUCACGAGGGUAAGACCUUCUUAUCAAACCCACGACUGUUCAAGGGCGAUAAAGCCUUGUUCUUCCCCAAUCUGCACGGAAUAACACUGGCAUCCCCGAAGCAAGCGAAGGAUACGACCCUCGUCCUGGAGGGCAAGCUCAGUGUAGUGCGUCUAUUCUGCAGCGAAUGGGCCGAGGAACAAACAAAGUCUUUUACCGACGCCGACCAGAACCCCGGACUGGCAGCGCUAUUGGCUAAGCAUAAGAUCGCGCAAAGGGUCGAUAUUAAUCUGGAAGAGGGAACCAUGAGAGCAUGGAUUGUGAAGCGGUUUAUGGGUGGUUUGCGUAAAAAAUACCCCACAGAGCAGCAUUCGCGCUACUUCCUAGUGGAGAAGGGCUUUACUGAAUCUUUGAAGGAGGCUGUCGGUAUGAUGAACAAGGUUGUCGGCUAUGUUUACCUUGUUGAUGCCGAUUGUCGGAUUCGGUGGGCGGGAAGUGGCCCGGCCAAGCCAGAGGAGUUGGAAAGUCUGAAUGCUGGAUUGGAAAAGCUGAUUACCGAGGCACAGAAAUUGUGA